AUGGCCGAUAAAACCUCCACAGAUCAGUACGGGCGUAAGAAAUGGGACGUGGAUGCAUAUGAAGCCGAUGCUAAAAGCGGGAAAAAAACCACUACAACCCAGCCUUCUGACGAGGCCUGGGCCCGCAAACUCCAGAAACAAAAUUUCCUAGAACAUCGAGCAGACCUCUUAGACCAGGCUAUCGAUUCUGUGGGCAAGCACACGCUCAUUGGCUCGGAGAAUGCCACGUCGCUGACAUACGGAAAAAACAAGCGGUUUGGUUUCUCGUGCCCGACGUGUGAUUUAUCGUUCAGAGAUACCUUGGCACUUGUAGAUCACUUCAACUCUCCGCAACAUUUGCACAAUGUCCGGAAAGUGCAGGGCGGGGAUUUGGGAAUGGGCGAGGAGCUUGAAAACGGCGUCAAGCGGGCCUCGGUGGACCAGGUGAUCGCCACGAUCGAGGAUCUCGUGAAGAAACUGCUCCGUGAGAAGGCGGCAGAUAGUAAUGGACAUGUCGCGCUAAGUUUCCAGGAAAGAGUCAGGCGAAGGCUUGAGUUUGAACAGCAGAAGUCGUCCAGACGGCUGGCGAAAAAGAAACGAGCCAGGGCGACUGCUGCUGGAGAGGUCGAGCAGACCGAAAUGGGCAAACUCAUGGGUUUCGAGGGGUUCGGGUCGACGAAGGCGGGAUAG